UGCUUUGAACAGCGAGAAAACCAACUACAGCAGUAUUUUCAAGUGUUGCAUUAUAAUGAUUCGCUCCAGCGCUGUGAUGUCGCUGAAUAUUCUGGCUCUCUGCCUGCUGGCUUGUAUUCACUCUGGCAUAAAUGCAUAUCCAGCCAAGCCUGCCAGUCCCGGGGAAGGCGCACCACCUGAGGAGCUCGCCAAAUAUUAUUCGGCACUAAGACACUACAUCAAUCUCAUUACAAGACAGAGGUAUGGGAAAAGAGACACCCCAGAUAAUGUAUUCUCAGAUGUGUUGGUGAGGGAGAACACAGAGAGUAUUCCAGGAUCAAACUAUGUCGGGUAUGAUGGGCUGCCACUGUGGUGAUGCUGCUUGAGCUGUCAUAUCCAGGCUGACUUUACCACAAAGCUGCUGCCAUAUUCUGUUACUGACAUGAAAUGAACGUGUACUGCAUGGAAUAAAUAUUGUGUAAUGCAAA